AUGGUCUCCUCCGUCGUCACCCCAGGCUAUCGCACAACGCCUACCGCCCCGCACCAGUAUGGCACGCGUAUACGUUCAAACUCUGUAAUCAAGCCCUCCGUCCGUCUUCGUCAAGUUGCCGAUACACCGCCCGCCCCGCGGCGCAUCAAGCCGGUCCCUGUCCCGAAGCCCAAGCCCGUGCCUGUACUCGCGCCUGCUGAACCACCACACGGCGACUGGCCCCCAUUCCCCCCAGAUCAUGUCAUGCUACAUACAGAUGACUUGAACAGCCGAGUUUUCCUUGCAAUAGGUCGCGCAUUCAUGUCUGUCGACAAUCGCGCCAUGACCAUCAAGGACCUUGCGGAGAUGACUUUGAAAUUCGGGUUGAUGUGCCAAAACGUGUCCGCAGCGGGCCAAGCCAUCACCACCUAUAUUCGGGCUCAUCUGCAGCGAUGUGAUGUACAGCAAGACCAUCCUCUACUACUUCGCCAUGUCAUGUCUGGUACGCCUUCCGACGACGAUCUUGUCACAGCCCUACACUCUCGUGUCGGCGGUGCGCAUUGCACACUCAGCGCUUCAGACAAGCGGAUUACCAACUUUAGGCGUGGCACCAUGGUGUGGUAUCUAUCUCGAGCAGCUGGUGCUCCUUGCCCAUUUGCCAGGGCUGGGAUCCGGCUCUGUGACUACACUGAGAGUGGGAAGGUUGGUUGUCUUCCUACCACCGGGAGAGAGAAGAAGCGCGAGAGGGAUCGUCUCAGGCGAGCCGAGCAAUGUGGUCAGAAGCGGAAGCGACUUCUCCGUGCAUGCGCUGACAAGGGAUCUGAUUCGGAUUCCACUACGAGCGAAGAAGACAAGCGGCCUCCCAAAGUGAAGCUUACCCUUCGAUUGCGGCCCCUUAAUGCAGGCGCCUCCCGUUCGCCGUCGUCAACACCCCCCUCAGUGCAACUUGACUCCCCUUUCCCAUCCCAGCCACAUGAGAUCAUUGACCUCUCGAAGGACGACGACAUGGACACAGAUACGGAGUCAUCUGGCGAAUCUGACUCUGAGAGUGACUCCUCUGACAGCGACAGUGACGCGAUGUCCGUUCAAUCAUCUUUUCAGGACCACGUCCAUGCCUUCGGGGACACUUCUAACGCUGGGGUUGAGCCACAGAACGCCAUUGUUUCGCCACAUAAGGCGCCUCCCACAAACGCGCAUACCAGCCGUUCCCCUUCAGUCCCUUCUAGCGUGGUGUCUGCAUCUCCCCCACCCGAUUCUGCAGAUGAAGAUGAGGAGUUGCACGGCAGCAUGUCUCGGUCUCUCGAUCAUUUCCUCUUGGACGAACGAGGCUCGUCCUUCUAUGAUGAUGAGGACGAUUACUUGAGUUGGGACGAUAGUGUUUUUGACUUGGAUGGCGACGCGGAGACUCAAUGGGAAAGUCCUGGGCCUCGCUCACCCUCGGCGCAAUUCGAGGACGAAGUGGUAGUCAAGCAAGAGCCGAAUGAUGUCGGUGGCCUUCUUGACGCUUGGGACUUACCAGGGGACAUGAAAGUUCUUGAUGUGGUCGCACAAGCAGCAGCGGGCAUACUCCCGGAGCAGCCGCGUUUGAAGGCGGAGGAGGCGGAGUCCUGGACCUUCAAGCAUUUCGAUCCCAACUCUGACAGCUUCCCGCCCAUCAGCAUUGAAGAUGCUACGCCGUCCAUCAAGCAAGAGGAAGUGGAAUCUGGAGUACAUUUUUUCUCGACAGGGUUAAUGACUCCACUCAACCACGCACCCAUUUCGUCCUCCAUAUCGCCCGUAUCGCCCGCCCUCGCGCCUGUUGUACCUUGUCCAAGCAGCAACAACGCCACCACUCGCGCCAGCGGCGAUCUCGAGUGGCGGGAUGCCGAGCUACUCGGCCCAGACAGCGUACGCCUGGAUGAUCUUGAUGGCAGCGUUUGGCGCGAGAGCAGGCGACCUGAGCAUCAUGUGGCUGAUUCCCCCACAUUGGAGGCGCGUGAGGGAUCAAGACCAGUGACAGAAGGCGCGGGUGUAGGCGCUAACUCUCCUCUGCCUGAUCUGACUUCACCGACUCUGUUAUCGUCCAUGACUUGGUUGUCGCUCAGGUCGCCGAGUUCUCCCGAUGUACUUCAAAGCGGCUCUAUGUCCGCGCCGCCCACGCAAAACGAACGAUCUUCCAGUUACGAACCUCAUGUUGUUUCUACUUCCCGCCAUUGUAAUCCAAUGAUUACGGCCACAAAGCUGGAAGGCAUUACAGUAUAUCAGAUGUCACUUGGCUCAUCCAUAAUAUUGCGGCGCGCGGACACAAAUUUUGUCAAUAUCGCAGCCAUUGUCAAGGCGCUCGGGCUAGCUUAUCCGUAUACACACAAUGCUGUGAUCGUUGCGCAUGGUUCGCCUGCCGUCGUUGGCACGUGGGUGCCGUUGGUGACCGCGCAGGAGAUGUUUAAAGACCAAACGGCCUUGAGCACCUUCUUGUCGGAUCAUCUACGCGACGCCCUCCCAGCCGCGUUCGAUGGCAUCCUACAGUCGUCACCGCGGCAAACCUACUCAUUGCACCAUUUCGGCCCCAGUUUCCAAUCGACCAUCGAAGCGAAACGUCGAUCUUUGACGUUCCGCUUGCAGGAUCCUCCACCACAGGAAGCCGACGUGUCCUGGGAGCCAGACGUGUGCUCACUGAUAGACCCUGAAGAACGGCUAUUCUCUCCGCAAUCCAUUUUUGCGUUAGCAUCUAAUUUACCCAGUCCUGCAGCGUCGCCGGAAGCGGCAAUUCCCGCGGAACUUCCGUUGAGUCCGACCGAGGAAGAAAUGUUCCGGGUUUUGUGCUCGGAUUGGGAAUGGGAGACGCCGUCAUCAGGUGCCUCUGUGAUGGGACGCACGGAGAAUGUCGACUCGUCCGGUGCUGCCACGGAGACGAAGGGCAAGGAGUCGCGUUCUCGCGACCGUCCAUUGAGACGUUCGAAACGUGUCGCGGAUGCCAUCGCCAAUCGAUCCCGUACACGCUCAAGCAAGAGGGGCUCGCGGAGCUCGCUCUCGUAAUUUUCCCGCCACGGAUGUUGCCUUAAUGGGUUUCGAGUCCUUUUUGCUCGUGUUGUUGAGCUUUACUUAUUGCCUUCGUGUUUCAUCUCCCCGUGUUGCAGAAAUUGUUAGACUGUGUAUCGACUACCACGACUUCGUCUUGCUUUGCCAUGCUCUUUUCUCCUGGCACGCGUGCGGCUGCUGCUUCUUGAUUCAGCGGCGAACCGACAUCAUUCAAGGUCCCUUCUGAUGGGGAUGCACAGGCGGCCGAGGACCCCAAUACCCUUCAGUAUGCAUUAUGCUCUGCCAGGUACGAUAGACCUGGUGGCACCCCCACUCCGUAUAGUGCGCGUAUGAUAGUUGUAUGUGUAUGUUGCGUAUGAAAAUAUAGCUGUUCUGGUGGCCCGA